AUGGCCUCCUUCUCCAACACAGACACGGGCGACAAGCCGUCCGGCCCGUACUACAACAAGAACGUCGACAACGACGUGCCCCUGAAGGAGAAGGUCGAGACGCUGACCAAGUUCGUGUCGUCGCGCAAGUUCGGCAUGAUGACCACGCGCGACCCGUCGUCGGGUAAGCUCGUCUCGCGGUGCAUGGCUAUUGCCGGAAAGGAGGGCAGCGGCAUCGACCUAGUCUUCACGACAAACACCGAAUCGCACAAAACAGACGAAGUCAAAGCCGACGAGCACACCAACGUGUCCUUCUACGACGGAUCAGGCCAGUGGGCGUCGUUCGCGGGCAACACUUCCAUCGAGACGUCCCGCGACGUCGUCAAGCAGUACUACAGCCCCGCCCUAAAAGCCUGGCUCGGCGACCUGGGCGAUGGUAAACAUGACGGGUCCGAGAACGACCCGCGCAUCGGGGUUUUGCGCAUGAAGACUUCUAGUGUUACGUAUGCGGUCACGAACCAGACGGUGGUGGGGAGGAUGGCGGAGGUCGCAAAGGGGGCGCUUACGGGCGAUGCGGCGCAGGUGCAGAAGUUGAGGGAGCUGGGGGAGGGGGAGGUGCAGCAGUGGAGGUCGUCGGGGCCUUAG